GGGACCCCGCAUUCCCGCCCGCGCCGACCUUAGUCCUCCUCGAUUCGUCAGUUCAUUCAACCUCUUGCUUUUCAACUUCAUCAUAACACGUUACUCACUCGUUUUCUUUUACUGUUUCGCACCCUCACUUACUCGUCGAUUAGAUAGUCAUUCGUCAAUCAACGUCAUCGGCAAGCUACCCACCGUCACUCAUGACCCAGCCGUAAUGCCGAAUUUAUGGACAAGCCUCUUUGCAUUCGUGACCGGCCAAUGGGAUCUCAUAAACCCAGAUUGGAGAGGCAGCUCGCCUCGCGAUGAAUCUGUCCGCAAUGAACCCAGCUGGCAUCAGUACGUUCGGGCGAGCGAGUCCAAGACGAUUUACCCUGCGCGGGUGAUCCCCGACCUAACCCGCGGCGACGUCGCCAAUCCAUCGGGAUUAAUCAACGGCGAGGGCGGGCCAACCGUCUUUACUCGUGUUUCGGCAGGAGAUGAGGCCCCCUCCGUAACAGUUGACUUUGGUCAGAACACUGUGGGGAUUAUCUCGAUCUCAUUUGCUGGGUCGUCUACGACUACUUCUUCUGCCGGUGGAACCGCAGGCCACGAAAGUGAAAGAAAAGACCAGGACGGCAGACCUGGUAUCAGAUUGGCCUUCUCCGAAACACUACAGUUCCUCAGCAACGUCAGCGACUUUUCCCGCUCCUACAACGGGGACACAAUCACCCCAGGCAGCGACCAAAUCGCAGUCAACAAGGACGCCUACACCUGGACCGCAAAACACGGCUGCCAGUACCCCAGCAAAGGCGAAGGCAAAGGCCAAGUCUGCGCAGACGGCCUCCACGGCUUCCGCUACGUCCGCAUCUACCUCGACGCCCUGCCCUCCGACGCGCCGCACACCCUCCCCCAAGGCAAAGUCACCAUCUCGUCGCUGUCGCUCGCGCUCUCGGCCUACCACGGCACCCCCGACACCUUUAAAGGCUGGUUCGAGUGCAGCGACGAGGAUCUGACGCGGUGGUGGUUCGACGGGGUGUACACCAACGAUUUGUGCGUCGACACGUUCCGCGGCGCCGAGGACGCGGAGCCCCGGGGCGCGGCGAGCGAGACGCUCGAGGGCAAGGUUGUGUUGCAUGACGCGCCGAAGCGGGAUCGGGAUCCGUAUGUUGGGGAUUUGGCGGUCGCGGCGCUGACGGGGUAUGUGUCUCAUGGGGUAGGAGACUUGAGCGAGGCGAGUAGGAAUGUGUUGGUGGAUUUGGCAGUUCAUCAGAGGGGUGAUGGAUGGAUUCCGCCGGCGAGCAUUAUGAACUACACGCUCCCCCUCUUCGACUACCCCCUCUGGUGGGUCGUCUGCAGCCACGACUACGUCUGGUACACGGGCGACGUGGAGUACAUCUCGUCCUAUUACGCCAACCUCGUCGCCGUGCUCGACGGGUGGUACGUCUCCGUCACGGACCCGGAGACGGGGCUCGUGACAAAGGGGCUCAACGGCACCUCUGGCUACGGCGACUACGCUUUCCUGCCGCGACAGGGCCCCGUGACGUACUACAACGCGCUCUACGUCCUCGCACUGCGGCGGGCCGCGGAGAUGGCGGCGGAGAUUGGAAAGAAGGGGGACGCGGAGAGGUGGGGUACGAGAGCGGACGAUGUCGCUGAGACGCUGGCUAGGCGGAACUUUGACGAGGCGACGGGUGCGUUUUGGGAUGGGACGGGUGGGGAUGGGGAGUUUGUGGCGGCGCAUGCGCAGGAUGGGAACAGUAUUGCCAUACUUGCCGGCGGCGUGGUCGGGACGGAGACGGCGAAGGGGAUCUUGGCGUACUACGCCGGCGUCGCGUCUCGGACGUACGGGAACGCGUUCUACGACUCGGAUGCUGUCGGGGAAGGGUUCAGUCAGCGGGUGUACGCCUUUAUAUCCUACUUUGAGAUGGCGGCGCGGUUCGCGUCUGGGGUCGGGGAGACGGCAGUGGAGGAGAUGAGGAGGUUAUACGGGUGGAUGGCGGGGCAGGAUCCCGGGGUGACGUUCUGGGAGGGGAUUGGCCCCGGGGGGAGGCCGUAUGAGGACGGGUUCACGAGUAUGGCGCACGGGUGGUCUACGGGGAUUGUGCCGCUUAUGAGCGGGUAUGUUCUCGGGAACACCAGCUUCACUUCCAACAACAUCUUUAAACCCUUCUUCACCAACCAACAAACCACCAACGAAAUCCUCAAAAUGGUCCGCAUCAUCUCCGCCGCCGUCGCCUUCCUGGCCUUCUUCGCCACCACCGAGGCCUGCUCAGGUUGGUACCAGUGCAAGUACAAGGACGGAAGCCACUGCUGUGUGAUUGACAGCGGCCUCGGCGCCGGCGGAUGCCCUUCCAAGUGCGACGGUGGCUCCAAGUGGCCUGCGGAGUGCAUUAGCCAGACUACUGGUAACUCCCGUACUGAGUGCAAGUAAAUCGCCGAGCUGUAUGUUCAAGUGCGACUACCGGGGUAUCAUGAACGGGUAGAACUAUGGCAGGACUCCCCGGACUGUUCCGGAUUUUUGCUUGGAAAGGGUGUAGUUUCAACAAAAAUAGAACUUCACUCGGCCUUGGAUGAGAGAAUGUGAAAGGUGGGAGGGGUGGUUGGCUGCUUCGUAACUCAGGAGGAGGAAACACUCUUCAUUUGGGCUUUUCAGGGGAGGGGUAUAAGCAGACAAGUUUGCCAAGUAUACGGACGGCAAACGGUCCCCGAAACCUCAGAAGACAAACCACCAAUGAAGUGUUCUAC